AUGGCAUUGGAACAAUCAUUAGCUUUGUUAUCAUUAGCAGAGACCAACGAGAAGGCCAUUCCUACCAAGAGUUUGGUUUUCAAGCCAAAGACUGCAAAGACUGCUGAACCAGUUCCAGUUAUUGUUUUUGCAUUAAAGGAAACCCAAACUCCAUCUGGUGUUAUUGCUAAGGCUGCGGCAGUUAAGGAACCUAGAUUGGCUAAGGAUGACUUGGUUCAAGAAUUCUUUGCUACCUCCGCUAAGGAAUUCACCAUUGCUAACUUGGACAAGAAACAAGCUGGAAAGGUCAAGAUUAUAAUUGAUAAGGCCAUUGUUGAUGCUAAGGAUGAAGAUGUGUUUGAAAUUUCUUCUGAUUCUGCUAAAGUAGCUGUUUCUGCUAAGAACAUUAAUGCAUUCCUCAAGGGCACUGACAUUGAGCUUAUCGAAGUCGACUUUGCUCUACAAGCCAGUGCUGCUGCUACUCCAUCUGCCAAUGCUAAUGCCGCUGCUACUUCAAAGAAGGAAGCUCUCAAGAAGGAAAAGGAAGCUUCCAAGUUGGACGAUGCUAAAUUAGUCGGUGUUACGGUCGAUAAGAGCAAGGACUUUUCUACUUGGUACACUCAAGUUGUUACCAAGGGUGAAAUGUUAGAUUACUACGAUGUUUCUGGUUGCUAUAUUUUGAGACCGAACUCUUAUACAGUUUGGGAAACUAUCCAAGAUUGGUUCAAUGCUAGGAUUAAGAAGUUGGGUGUCAAGAACUCAUACUUCCCUAUGUUUGUUUCUGCCAAGGUUUUGAACAAGGAAAAGGACCACAUUGAAGGUUUUGCUCCUGAAGUCGCUUGGGUUACUAAGGCUGGUAACUCUCAACUAGAAGAAGAAAUUGCCAUUAGACCAACUUCUGAAACCGUCAUGUACCCUUACUAUUCCAAAUGGAUUAGAUCUCACAGAGAUUUUCCAUUGAAAUUGAACCAAUGGAACUCUGUUGUCAGAUGGGAAUUCAAACAUCCUCAGCCAUUUUUAAGAACUAGAGAAUUCUUAUGGCAAGAAGGUCACACUGCCUUUUUGGAAAAGGCCGAAGCCGAAAAGGAAGUUCGUGAUAUCUUAGAUUUGUAUGCUGGUAUCUAUGAAGAAUUAUUAGCUGUUCCAGUUAUUAAGGGUAAGAAGACUGAAAAUGAAAAGUUUGCUGGUGGUGAUUACACAACCACUUGUGAAGGUUUUAUUGCUGCUACUGGUAGAGGUAUUCAAGGUGCUACUUCUCAUCAUUUGGGCCAAAACUUCUCCAAAAUGUUUAACAUUUCAGUUGAAAACCCAGAAGGUGCUGAUAAGGAAAGAUGCUUUGCUUAUCAAAACUCUUGGGGUUUAUCUACCCGUGUCAUUGGUGUUAUGAUCAUGACCCACUCUGAUAACAAGGGUUUGGUUUUACCUCCAAGAGUUGCUCAAAACCAAGUUGUGGUUAUUCCUGUUGGUAUUACCUCUAAGACUUCUGAAGACCAAAAGAAGGCUAUCAACGAUGGUGCUGCUGAAAUCCUCAAGAGAUUAGUGGAUUCUGAGGUAAGAGCUGUUGGAGAUUUCAGAGAUAUUUACACUCCUGGUUUCAAGUUUGCCGAUUGGGAAUUGAAGGGUACUCCCUUCAGAUUGGAAUUCGGUCCAAAGGAUUUGGCUUCUGAACAAGUUACUGCUGUUAGAAGAGACAACGGUGAGAAGAUUACUGUCAAGUUGGCUGAGUUGGAAACCAAGAUUCCUGAAAUCUUGGACGAUAUGCAAAAGGGUUUGUUAGAUAAGGCUAGAAAGGACUUUGAUGAACAUAGAGUCUUUGUUCAUGAAUGGAAAGACUUUGUUCCAACCUUGAACUCCAAGAAUGUCAUUGUUGCUCCAUGGUGUGGUGAUGCUGAUUGUGAAGACGAUAUCAAGGACUCCUCUGCUAAGAAGAACAAUGGUGAAGAUGAACAAGUUGAUGAAAAGGCUCCAUCUAUGGGUGCUAAGUCCUUGUGUAUUCCAUUUGAACAACCUGCCUUGAAGUCUGGUCAAAAGUGUGUUAAGUGUGACAAGGAUGCUACCACUUACUGUAUGUUUGGUAGAUCUUAUUAG